AUGGCCCCCGAAGCUACUGGUGUGUCAAAUGCGGCACAAGCUCCUAAACCUUCCCGGUUCGAUCCUACCUUCACGCAGCAUGUCAUCGAUACUAUGGGCCCUAAGACCACCGAGAGGAAUCGGGUUCUCUUGUCAGCGCUGAUCCGACACAUUCACGAUUUUGCUCGAGAAACAGAGCUCACGAUUGAUGAAUGGUUGGCCGGCGUCAGUUAUAUCAACGCCGUCGGCCGGGUUUAUUCGGAGUCGGGACAGACGAGAAACGAGUCCCAUCGAUUGUCUGAUAUUCUCGGGCUCGAAACGCUGGUUGAUGAAAUCGCCCACAAGAUCAUCUCCGAAACAGACGUGGACCCGACAUCCUCGGCCAUCCUCGGGCCCUUCUGGUCGCCCAACGCGCCCUUCCGCGAGAACGGCGGAACCAUAAUCCAGGAUCCGGCGCCGAACGGCCAAGUCGUCCUCAUGCACGGCGUCAUUAGCGAUCUAGUCACGGGCAAGCCGAUCCCCAACGCCGUCUUCGACAUCUGGCAGGCCUCGUCCAACGGCAAGUACGACUUCCAAGACCCCAAGAACCAGACGCCGAACAACCUGCGAGGCAAGUUCCGCGCCGACGAGAACGGCAAAUACUGGUUUUACUGCUACUACCCGACUGCCUACUCGCUACCCACGGAUGGCCCUUCCUACCAGCUACUGCAGAUGAUGGAUCGCCAUCCGAUGCGUCCGGCACACAUCCACAUUAUGGUCACACAUCCCGAAUACAAGGGCUGCACAACACAAUUAUACCCCAAGGAUGACCCCUGGCUAUCAUCUGACACCGUGUUUGCCGUAAAAGACGACCUGGUGGUCGACUUCAAGCCCCUAGAAGGCGACGACAAAGCGAAGCUCGAGCUGAACUACAACGUCAUAUUAGCCCCUAAGGAUUAUAAGGGCAAGCCGUUUUAG